AUGCCGAGGGUCAGGAAGAAUACACACACAAACAAGGAGAAGAAGAUCAAUCGAGUGAGGUUUGACAGCUUCAUGCGCCUAUGGGAAACCAUGUUUCGACUGCAGAUCGUCAGGAUUAUUGAGGUGGACGAAAAAAACGAAGCUAUCGUCAUGGAGGCGAGGCAGCCCGAGUUCCACAAUCGUUUGCUGGAAGCAGCCAAGGAAGACAAAGCCUGGUGGGGAAUGAACCGCAAACAGCUCGAUAAGAUCAAAAGCUUCUCGAAGAUCAUGUACAAGUUCUUGGGCUCGUUAUGCCUCCGGCCUGUUCCAAGAACAAGGCCCAACAGUGCGCAAUCAUUGGAGGACAAGCAGGACUUCUUGUGGUCGAGGCGUUGGAGGUUUCAUGUCCAACGCAAGGAGCUUGAAGAGCAUGACGAUCUUCAUGGCUUUCUUGCCCAGAAAUGUCCUGAUCACGUGCAGAGUCCGCUUCUUACUCCGAAUGUCAAGAGUGCUGCCGUGGGCACGGACGGGAGCAGCAACCUCCAUCAAGUCAUGUCCGAGUCAGACGCUGUCUCUACACUACGGGACAGCGAUGAGAGUGACACAGAUGGAGGCAUCUGCGCAGAGAUGGAGGAUCAAUUCCAUGACGCCGGCAUGUUCCAUGAUGCCGGCAUGUUCCCUGAUGCCGGCAUGUUCCAUGACAAUGCCGGCAUGUUCCUUGCCACGGAACUUGAAGCGGCCUCACUCCCAGACUCGGAGCUCACCUUGAACGAUGACGACGAUAUCUUCAACUUCAAUGUAUUGUGUAUGUCUCCGGGGUCGUGA